AGAAGAAAAAGAGCGGGACCGAGGAAGAGGAGGCGCUGGAGGAGGAGAGGAAGAAGAGCCUUUCCAUCCUGCAGAGCGUCCUCGGCAUCAGCCAGCACACCUCCAGCAGCAGCAAGACCACCAGCAAGGCCAAAACCUUCAGAGAUGUGUCAGCGCUGCACUACGACCCCAGCAGAGAGGAACACGCUGCGUUUGAGACCAAGACAGAGGAAACCAAGAAAGAGAGUAAGGCAGCCAGGAGGAAGAAGAGGGAGGAAGCUCAGAAACUCCCGGAGGUUUCUAAAGAGAUUUACUACGACGUGUCCGGUGACCUGAAGGCUGUGUUCGGUCAGACAAAGGAGGAGGAGGACGCUGUUGCAGAAAAAGAGGAGACAAACUGGGACCAAGAGGAAGAAAAGAAAAAAGAGCCGGAGGAGGAAGGAGAACAGGUUGAACAGCCGACCCUGGAGUCUUCCCUCCUGUCAGCUGAGAAAGAGGAGGCGUCAGGAUUUAAGUUCUCUUUCUUUGGAGACGACGCAGAAACAGGAAGUGGAGAGACAGCUGAGUACAAGAUAGAGAGCAUACAGGCGCCAAAGCUGUCAUGGCAACAAGACCCACGUUUCCAUGACAGCAGCUCAGAUGAGGAGGAGGAGAAGGGGCAGGAGAAAGACGAGAAGACGCAAAGCAACGUCAUCGCCAAAAUAGAGGAGACUCCAACAAAGACCGGCCUUUUCUUCUUCUACCCUGAAGACAACAGGCUGACCGAGGGUCCCAAGUUGUUUUGCCGCUCCUCUCAGCUGGAGGAGCAGAAGGAGCAGUGGGAGGAGAGGAGGACCGAGCUCAGACAGGAGUACCGCAAGAAACACAAGGAUGCCCGGAGGAAGCUGAAGACCUCUGUAAAAAGCUGAGAAUUUUGGGAGGUGAAGUCUCAUUGUUUGGGUUUCCCCUCACUGGUAUGGACUUUAGAAAUAUUCAUCUCCUUUGUGCCGUUUCGUGCCCCAGACUGGUUUCCACAGUCAGCAGGAGAGACACCCAGUGGGAAAGUUCAAGAUCAUCUAUUACUUUUUAACCUGGGAAGUACUUCCUCUUGGUCUGUCUGGUUUUGUGUUCUUGUUGCUUUACUGCUGCAAAUAACCUUGUGGACAAUCAGCAGAAUGAGCCAAUCACAACUGCAGAGGACCAAACCUGUUCAUACAAAUGGUUCAAAUGCAUAAAGAAGAGUUUAUUAAAACUUUAAUAAAAAACAAA